AUCCAGGAGGCUCAACUCUCACCAGAUGGAAGCUGCAUCUUUACAUCCGACUACAAUCGCGUCUUCUCCGUCUACCCCAUCUCGAGCGACAUUUUCUCGCAACCGAGCAGCCAGAGUCUCACGCCGUAUGCGUCUUUCCGCUCACCAAACCCCAUCUGGGCUUUUGCUGUCAACCCGCUGUUCAACCUGCAGGAUGCCUCCAGCACAACCACGCUGAUCAGCCGGCGAGACUCCUACAUUACCCUGCACAACGCACUAUGGGACGUCUCGCAGAGCUAUACGGACAUCGACAACACGACUCCUCCUACCAGCCCAAUUAACAUAUCACAACCCCUCGCCUCGUACAAGUUCAUCAAUAACCUCACCGAAGCCGUCACCGCGCCGAUUAGCCUCGCCUACACACACACGGGCACCCACUUCUUCGGCGGCUCGCAAGACAAAAUCGCCGUCUUCGACAUGCACGAAACCAACAAGCCCAUCCACGUGAUUCCUACGAUUCCCUCGCGCCGCAGCAAGCUCAAGGGCGGAGGCCGCGGCUUCAAAGGCCACAUCUCAGCGCUCUCGCUGUCUCCCUCUUCACCGUCUUCACGCGACGGCAUCCUAGCAGCUGGCUCGCGGACGCGGCACAUUGGCCUGUACGACGCCGUCAGCGGCACGGAAAUCACGGGCUUCGCUCUGCCCGGCACAGCCAGCGGCGUGCGCUCCCGCACCAGCGAGCAUCUGCAGCACCUCAUGGGCGACGGCGUCACGGCGCUGCGCUGGAGCCCCUGCGCAAACUACCUGUAUGUUGCCGAGCGCAACGCCAACGCCCUGCUCAUCUACGACGUGCGCUGUUUCUCGCUCGCACUAGGCUACUGCGUCGGCAGAAAGGCACUGACCAAGCAGAAACUGGGCUUUGAUGUCUGGCAUGCGGGUGCCGCCGCGCCGUACCAAGUCGACGGCGUCUCGCACGAAGUCUGGGCUGGCGGGACCGACGGCAAAAUGCGGGUUUGGAAAGAUGCGUAUGCAAAGGAGGGCGCGGUCCAGCCCGAUGAGGUGCUUACGGUGGGUGCUCAGGACGACGAGCCGGUUGUGGCGUCGCUGCUUCAUUCGUCGGGCAGCUUGGCCGUGGCGGCCAGUGGCGUUGUCCGCGUAGCUGGGCAGCAAGAUGACGACGGCAGGGGCGUGCAGAGAGGCGGCGGCGGAGUGAGACCACGGUACCGGGAAUGGGGUAAUCUUGAUAUUCUAGCGUUG